AUGGAAAAUGGGCUAAACCAAAGAAGAGUGUCAUUUUCUAGUCCACAAUCCCAUAAAGAAACAAGAGAUGAUGAGUUUGUAACUGCAGUAGCAGCUGCAACAUUUUCCAUUUACUCAUUAGAAGAAGCAGGGAUACUUGAUUUGAAGAAAAUAAGAGAUAGUCCCAAGUUUUCAAAGAACCAAUCUAUAGCAAGGCAACCAAGUUAUGGUGAAACUUCAAAGGAAAGAGCAUUUAGAGAAGAAAGCAGGACUAGAGAAGGUGCUUUACCUCUAAGAAGUUCAAGUGCUUGGGAAAAGGCUAAGCUACAAAGGAUUCAAAAGAGGUAUGAGAAGAUGAAGCUCCAAAUCCUUUCUUGGGAAGGGGAGAAAAGAAUCCAAGCCAAAAUCCAAAUGGAAAGGAAAAAGAAUGAAAUGGAUCAUCAAAGAGAAAAUGUAAUAGAACAUUACAAGAGAAAGAUAGCAAGGUUAGAUAUGAUUGGACAAAGAGCAAUCAAAGAGUUGGAAGAUCAAAGAAGAAAACAAGAGUUGAAAGUCAAAGAAAAAGCUAACAAAAUUAAAAAAACUGGCAGGGUGCCUGUCACAUGUUUCUGUUUCAAGUCUUUAUAG